ACACACACACACACACACACACACACACACACACACACACACACACACACACACACACACACUAUAUACACACUAUAGACACCGUCUGCUCCUGAUUUCCCAUCAUCUUAACCCUCUGUAGCGUGGGAAACAGAACAUUCUAAACACUUUAUCACUCACACCUGCACAUAAAUAACUCUACUGUACAGUUAAUUGGGCCCUUCAACUACAAUCCUUCCCCGGUAAUAUUAGUGAAAGAUUCUCGGCUGUCAGUAAAUCGUGCCUCAACACACAAGCUUAUUUCAUGCAGUGGCAUGUUACUAUAGCCCUGUACUUCCCAACCAUAUCUUAUGUGAAUGCCCCACAACAUUUUUAUAUUUCUUACUCAAGACGAAGUGUUAUAACAUGUCUGUUAACAUUUAAAUGAGGUGGCGGAGGGGGUUUGAUUUCUCAUGGAUAAGACUUUUUAGAAAAUACAAAUCAGACUUCUUACUUGUCCUUGCAUGCAAAUACCUGGGGGAGGCUGUGGCGCCACCAGUGUGUUGAUCUUCCGAUUAGGGGGUCCAGGGUUCAAUCCAGGUGAGCAUGUCAUUGUGUCCUUGGGCAAGACACUUCACCCCAAAUUGCUUUGGGGAAAGGAUUUACUAUUGCAAUUAAUCAAAAUCAUCACCACAAGUUAUACAUUUCUCACUCGCCAUUGAAUGUUAUAUGAAAAGAUUGAAUGAUCUUCCUUAAAAGCAAAAGGGAGUAUCAUUGUAUGUUUACCUGUUUUACUGCAAAAACGGCCUAGAUACAUCUCAGCUACUGUACAUUUAAAUGGUACUUACAAUAUCAGGCUACAGAAAACGUUAACAUUAGAACCUCUUGUUCUCAGUAAAGUAGGAAAGUUAACUUGUGCUGCAUACAAAUUGAAUAAGACCCAAUGACAUAUGAACUUGCAUUCUCUUAUCUUACUUGACCAUUUAAAAGAUUAUAGUUAUCUUUGCUGACACAUUUGCAAAUUGAAUACUGUGUGUGAAUUAUCUGUCUGUCGGUUGAUUCUUAAACUGUGUUUUUUGUUUUUGUUGUACACGUGUCUUUCUUGGAAAAGAGGUCCUCAAGGAAACUGCUUGUAUAAAUAAAGGAUAACUUUUUUUGUGUGUGAGGGAGACAGCUGACGUCUUCUGAGAGGAAGGUAAAGUAAAUAUCACUUUCUAUUAGAGAUGAUUGACCAAUUAAAAUAAGUGCAUGCGAGUGAACUUCUAGAACUUCUAUACGUAUACAUAUAUCUGAGUUUCCACUUUAUUACCUAAAGGCUACAGUGUUCAGAUUAUAAAUAUAAUGAACAAAAACAAAACUCCAGUAUUUUAAUUAAACUUGUUUUAUUUGUUAAAGAGGAUACAUCCGUAUGCUGUUGUGGACAACAUGCCACAAUACACAAGCUGAUGGCAUGCAGCAGCAUGUUAAUAGCAAAGUACAGCACACUUCAGGAAACAGAUCGUAUUCAUUACCGACCCCAAAUACUUCUAUAAUUUGUUCUUUUGAAAAUGUGUUAUGACUUGUCUUUUAACAAUCCAAUGAAGGGGAGGUUUGAUAUAUAAAGAGGGGGAUAGAGCUCCUUCCAACUAGACAAGAAAUGUGGUCUUAGAGGAAGGUGAGAUGAAUUUCAUUCUUUUGAAUCUUUGAAUUGUGAUAACUUGAUAAAAAUAAUGUACAUGUGUUUGAACCUAUAAAAAAAAGCCUAUUUGACAGGUUUUUGAGAAGGGCUUUGCAUGUUUUUAUAGCUUUUUGCUAAAUCAAGGACUUAUAUGUGAUGUAAAAUAAAGGUCUUAGGCCAAAGUGUGUUGUUGUGUAAAGGAUCUUAUUUUAAGCCCUGCUCAUUUACCUUUCUCAUUUUUAUUCCCACAGAACAGACUCACACAAAACAUCUCUCUCUUUGAAUAACUGUACUACACCAUGAGCAUCCAAACCACAAAAUCCUACCAUGAAGGGGCCUACCUGUCCCUGAUGAGAGGCUUGAAAGAGCUGGACACCAAUGGCCCUAGUGUGCCCUGUGACCUGGUGCUGAAUGGAGACCAUGCCUUUCCUUUAGCAAUCAACAGCCAAGGCCAGGUCUUGAUGGCAGCCUCUCGAUACGGCAGAGGAAAGAUUGUGGUCCUCGGUCAUGAGAGCUACCUGUACGCUUUCCCUGAUCUGGUAGAAAACGCUGUGACCUGGCUGAGAGGAGAAGGAUCUGACAACCUCUCUGUUGGGGUCUGCAGUAGCAUCAAAGCAGUGACUGAUAACCUCAUCAAAUCUGGCUUUAAAGCCAAAGUGGUUGGGUCCUUCAGUGACAGUGGAGAGGUUGGUGUUUAUGUGACAGAUGCUUACGGCGUGGAAGAAGACGCAAUAGACCUGGUGGCAUUUCUGAAAGCUGGAGGAGGCGUGCUGAUAGCAGGGCAGGCGUGGCACUGGGCUUCAACAAAGCCAAACGAGAACAUAAUUCUACAAUUUCCAGGGAAUAAAGUGUCUGGUGUGGCAGGGAUCUACUUUACUGCGCGUUAUGGUAAGGUAGAGAUCCUGCCUGUCUCCCCUCAGAUCCCAUCCCCAUGGAUGUCUUUACGUAUUGGUAAAGAUUUUAAAGAUGACCUGGAUAUCUUACUCGAAGGGAUUUCAGAGUUCGACCUCACCGAUGGUAUAAUAGCUUCUGAGGCACUAAUCCAUGGCCCGUUAGCCUUCCCCAUUGGUACCACUGAAGAGGGGCGGACUUUCCUGGCAGGAAGCUACUAUGGACGGGGGCGGGUCGUUGUGAUCACGCAUGAAUAUCCUCUGAAAUCAGAGAAACUGGUUUCUUUCUGGAAAAAUGCCAUUGAUUGGUUGGACCAAGGCCGGAAGGGAAUUGUUGGUGUAGAGCCUAACCUCAAACUUCUCAGCAAGUCAGGGUUAAAGUAUGAGGAGACAGCGUUCAGGAAAGACCUGAGCGUAUUUGUGUACCCAGCCUGGAAGGAAGAUCAUGUGGAGGAGAUACAAGACUUUGUAGCAGAGGGAGGAGGCCUGCUGAUUGGUGGGCAUGUGUGGAACUGGGCAAACAAAAACUUUGGGCUAAACCCAUUGACAGAUUUCUCUGGAAACAAGAUCCUGAACAAAAUGGGCUUGAGUCUGUUGCCAGCAACAAUUGAUCAAGGUUCCUACAAGGUUCCUAUGUCAACCCAGACCAAGGAAGACAACAACCACUUCCGACAUGUCCUCUCUCGCUUUGCUGGUCUUGUUACCAAGGGCGAAGAACUCCCGAUGCACGAGGAGAAACAACUUAAGAAACUGGAAAUGGAGUGUGCCAACUUCUUGAUGACGAAGGCUUAUGGCAGCUACUCCUACAAACAAGUGCUGUCCAUCCUCACUGACAUAUUAAAGAAGUUGGGCAUGCCACAGGUGAGUGUGAAGAACCCUGUGAAGAAUCCGAAAGACCACCUACUCCUCAGUGUGGGGACAGAGCUUUAUAAGGCAUCCCCAGAUCCUGAUGCUCUACUGCCGUACCUCAUCAAAGAUAUUCCCGUGUUGCCAGUUGUGAAAGGCCAAAGGAUCAGGAUUACUGUUAACACAGCAGAUGAGAAUGAGUGGAUCAGUACAGGUCUGUACCUCUCUCCUGGUAUGAAGACAGAGAUGAUCAUACCAGCAAACAUCGUCAACAAGAACUGGACGAUCCAGAUAGGUUGCCAGACAGACUAUCUGGAACAUGAGGAGCUGAAGAGAGCGAGGUCUGUUUGUGAGCGAUUUCCUGUCACUGCAGAGAAGAUGGAGGUGUGGAACCUGUGGGGGGGACUCAUCUACCUGGUGGCUCCACCCAACACAAAGGUGGAGGGGGCAGAGGUCAUAGUGCAAAUGGCUGUGCUUGCUCCUUAUUACAAGUCUGGUGUGACAACAGCAGCUGAUUGGUUGUUGCAGCGCACAGCUCCAGCACCAUGGGCAGAGUUUGAGUUUGAAAACAUCAUCUUUACCGUACCAUCAGACGUUGUUAAAAAAUUGGAGCGCCCUGAUGAGGUGGCAGCGCUGUGGAACGACGUCAUGAAGGGCAUUGCCGAUCUGGCUGCCAUACCACAAACAUUUUCCCGCAAAGAACGUAUAGUAGCAGAUGAGCAGAUUUCAGCUGGUUGGAUGCAUGCAGGCUAUCCAGUCAUGAUAACCACAUAUUCAGCUGCUGAGAUCUUCAGACCAGAUGAUGCCAGGACUGAAGGCCUGUGGGGAGAAAUCCAUGAACUGGGACACAACCAACAGAGAAGCUGCUGGGAGUUCAGACCAAACACCACAGAGGCCACAUGCAACCUGUGGUCAGUGUAUGUGCAUGAAGAGGUGCUUGGGCUCAACAGAGAAAAGGCUCAUUCAUCGAUGAUCUUGACAAAUCGGAAGAAUACUGUAGAUGAGUAUGUUAAGGGGGGCAAGAAACUCAGCGACUGGAAUGUGUGGACGGCCCUGGAGACAUACCUGCAGCUCCAAGGAAAAUUUGGCUGGGAUGCUUUUAAAAAGGUAUUUGCUGCCUACCAGAAGAUAAGCAACUACCCCAGUGACAACAAUGGAAAGAUGAACCUGUAUGCUGAGACCUUCUCCCAGACCGUGGGGAUGAACCUGUCUGCGUUCUUUAAGUCCUGGAGCUGGCCCAUCGACAGAGCCACUGAGGAGAAACUCUGCAAACUGCCUCCCUGGAGCGACCACCCCAUGCUCAAAUACGACUAAAAUAUUGACUGCAGCUCAAUAAAUUGCAAAGAGAUCAGUGUCAGUGUUUCAACAUGUCAAAGUAGAAAGAUGUUAGUAUUACCGUUUUUACAAACUUUACAAGUUUACAUUGCAAUUCUAUGUCUAAAUCACAUUUUCCCUACAAGUAUUUUUGCAGCUUGAAGCAGUUUAAAACCUUUGGUUGGGCUUCAAUGUACAAGAUGUCACUAAGAAUCAGAUGAAAUCUUUGGUUUAUUUCUAAGAGCAACUCUUUUAAAAGAAAGCUCCAUAAUGUGUCCCCUCUAUACAAAUACAAAUGUUUAUCAUAGUAGCUUAAGAUCGUUUUCAGAUGAAAUAAAUUGAAAGUUGGUAACAUCGACAUCAGCUUUGCAGCACUAUUAUACAAGCCAUCGAAGUAAAAAAAAAAGCAUAUUAUCUAGGUUGUCGUUUUAGGGUAAUACAACUCUAAUACACCUUGUAGUGCUGAGGUGGAGCUGUAGCAGUUUAGUUGGUUGGUUAGCUUCAAUGCAACAAAAAAAAAGAAGAAAUCUGACCACCUUAAAACGUUGGUUCUUCUACAGUAAUGUAGUCAUUGUAGGUCAUAUAAGUCUAAUAUGUUUACAGAUAUUUAGGUGUCAGGUGUUUUGUUAAUCAGUAGGCUGUUAAUUCCUUUUUAAAAAUAGUACAAUAUACUUAUACAUUAUUCCUGUGAUGGAUGAGGUUUGACUAUAACCCUGAAGGAGUGUCAUAUUUUUUUGACAAGGAAAUUAAGGUCAUUUAGACAUUCAUGCAAAAAAGUACAGUUUAUGACGUCACAAACUCAUUGUAUUUUCAAAAUGUGACCGAUUGAUAUGUGUCUUUACCGUCACUGGAAAAAAGACUCAAAUAAAAAUGUAUUUUAUCCCUA